AUGUCGGCACAGGCUCUUGUCACUAAAAAAAGAAAAGAAUUUAUUGGUUUACCGGCUCCACUUGGAUAUGCUGCUGGUAUCGGUCGAGGUGCAGUUGCGUUCACAACCCGUUCCGAUAUCGGUCCAGCUCGUGAAGCCAAUGAUGUUUCUGACGAGCGACAUGUUGCCCCUUCAAAAAGGCGAAAGGAACAGGAAGAAGAAGAGGAAGAUUUAAACGAGUCGAAUUACGAUGAAUUCACUGGUUACGGGGGAAGUUUGUGCUCCAAGGAUCCUUAUGAAAAAGAUGAUCAAGAAGCGGACGCCAUCUAUGCGUCCAUUGAUGAUCGUAUGGAUGAAAGACGACGGGAGUAUCGUGAGAAGCGAUUUCGUGAAGAGAUGGAACGAUAUCGUCGUGAACGCCCUAAGAUUCAACAGCAGUUUAUGGAUCUAAAGCGCGAUUUGGCUAAUGUAUCCGAAAAUGAAUGGAAUGCCAUUCCUGAGGUGGGCGAUGCACGCAACCGCAAACAACGAAAUCCACGCUAUGAGCGAUUUACGCCAAUGCCAGAUAGUAUUCUGGCUAAGGGACUUUCAGAUGGUCAAACCACAACUUCAGUAAAUGUACUUGAACAACGUCUGGGUGGCAUCACCACACCGUUCACGUCUCAGGCGCAGCAGAUGGACAUUGAUAUGAAGAAAAUCGGUGAAGCUCGAACCUCGCUAAUGGACAUCCGACUGACACAGGUUUCUGACAGCGUUUCUGGCCAAACUGUGGUGGAUCCCAAAGGUUAUCUAACCGAUCUGCAAUCGAUGAUUCCGCAGCACGGUGGUGACAUAAACGACAUGAAGAAAGCUCGGCUUUUGUUAAAAUCCGUGCGUGAGACGAAUCCGAAACAUCCUCCUGCUUGGAUUGCAUCAGCUCGAUUAGAAGAGAUUGCAGGAAAGCUGCAAGUAGGCCACUUUUUCUAUUUCUUUAAUACUGUCGUUCGAUCCUCUCAUACGUUGUGCACUUGA